CUGACCAUUCUCUUAUCUUCUUCUUCCCAAAACCAUCACUAACUUUACCAUCGAAAUGGGUACCCCAAGAUUCAUUCUGGUUGCGUUGAUUGUGUAGGUACUUGGUUAGACGAUAUAGUUUUCGCGGAUCCUGGAUACGGGUUAUUGGAGUACAUGAGUAACAAUUGCAAUUUUUUUUUUUUAUUAUUAUUAAUAUAGGGACCAAACGCCCCGUAUUGGCCUAAUCUUCAAAGUCAAGGCGGGCUAAUAUGAACAAAUAAAAGUAUAAAAAUUUAAAAUUUGAUAAAAAUAAAAUAAAAUGACAUGUCAUCGUCUCUCCACCACACGUGUAAUAGUAGAUAAAUAAGGGUUUUUCUUUUUUUUUUUAAAAAGUUGGAGGAUAAAUAAGAUUAAUUUUUAACUCUUUUAGAAAAUCUGAAUGGUCAAUGUUAGCAACUAAUCGUGAUUUGUAAGUAUUUUGUUGUACACUAUUUACAGUAUAUGGAAAGUUCCUAGAUUCAUCCUCUCAAAUUGGGAAAGAAAUGAAGAAAUAGUGUUGUCAUUUCUGAUCUCUCUCUUUACUCAUCCAAUUUAAGAUAAAUCCGGAAAUUUGAGAUUUGCAACAUUAAUGGAGGAAUUACCAGUGGAACUUUGCCUUAAGAUCUUCUGUUUCUUGGAUUAUCAAAAUUUGUCAACUGCUCAACAAGUUUGCAGGAAAUGGAAAGUCUUGGGCUCAGAUAACAUUUUAUGGGCUGACCUCUUCAAGGAGAGGUGGGGUGAAGAUCGCGCUGUGUUCUACACUCCAACUGAUUCGAAGUCAUGGAAAGAUGUGUACAUAGUGCAAGACCGUUGUGAUCGUGUUGGAUUAGGAUUGAAGAUAAUUAGGGAGGGAGCUGAUUAUUACCUAAUAUACCGUGGUGAAAUUCAACGCUAUUUGGGUUCAAGGAGGCAGAGGAAGCGGCAGGAGGCCACCACUUUGAGCAUACAGGGUGAACUUACCCAGGAAGGGUCUUUGGCAGGAGGACCCAGCUAUGGGAUCCUAGAGAGGAUCCUUUUCUUCAUUGGGGAUCUGGAGGUCGCUUCUAAUGAAGUAAAACGAAGUCGAUUAAUGUGAAUGAAUUGAAGUGUACAACCCCUUAUGUUAACCACAAUGUUUGUAAGCUUACUUCGCAGUUGUAUGUAAAACAAAUCUUCGCUUGUAAAUCUCAGUGGAUGAUUUGCGUCUGUUCAUUCCUUCUGUAAAAUUUAAGUUGGUCGAACCAUGUAAUGUUAAAAAUGGUUCUAUAUGUAUGAGAUGAUAAUUCUCGUUCCUAGUACACUGAAAAUAGUUCACAUACGUUACUCUGUAAUUCAAAAUAAACUUUAACUGUAUAUGAUAACUGAUAAAGUGUUUAGUAGUAAUUUUUACCUCGUCAAUUUUUAUUUUUUUA